GAAGCUGGCUACAUUUUCCAACACCACGCCCGCCAAAUACGGAGCUCAUCCCCGCUCAAAACCAGGGGCUUCAAUUCUGUUGUCAAUAGAUGAGUUCAUAAAAUCUGUCAUAGACCGCUGUGAGUUCAUCCGUGGCAGGGUUCCACAGCUGGAACUGGAGUUGAGCACUGCUCUCGCAGACGUUCUGGAUACUGCAAGUCUCUUCCGCGUUGCAGUGGAAGCAUUCACUGCCAUCCCAACUGACUCUACGAAGGAUAUUGAGGUCCAACGUUCCGCCGCGGCUAUGCUUUCUUCACUGAGUAGACUUUUUAUCCUAUUGGGAAUUGCUGAUGCUGCUCUAAUUAGCGACCUUGUCCAGGAAGUCAGAAAUUGCGUUCAAAAAGUUGCAUCAGCGACUUCACCAAAGACCAUCGCAACGGAAUCCGAUGCUUUCUCCAUACGCACCAACCAACUGCUCAACCUUCUAAGCAAAAGAUCGGCGGAAGCUGUGAAUCCGGAUUUUCAAGAACAGUACAACAAAGCCCGUUACAUCUUGAAAACUAAUGGCCGGUUGUUGUCAACAUCAGCUCGGGUCUGUCUUGAACAUCCGGAUCAUAUUGGUGCUCAGAACGCUAAGGAAUAUGCAACCAAGUCUUUGUUGGAUGCAUUAAAUUUGAUUGAUUCGAUGCUUGAGGACAAUCAAAGGCCCGCCGCAAUCCGGAUGAAGGUAUCCGGCAAGUUGCUUGACGAUAUCGAAGAAUUCGAGAAUAACGCUCUUGUCGAUACCAGUCAGGCCGAUAACAAACGUCUUCGCGCAAAUUUGGAACAACACAUGAAUCAACUUUUACCAUCCGUUUAUCGACUAGCCGAUGCGCAACAAACUCAGUCGGCUGACAAAAAAUCGGUCUACACACAAUGUAACAGACUUCAGCAAGCGGUAGGCGAUUUGGUCAGCCAAUACAAUCGAGAGCCUGGGAAUCGUCCGGCAAUGAACUCACACAUGGAAGGACUACUGAGCAUAACCUCAGGUUUAAAACAGCUCCUCGGCCGGAUCGCAGUUGACCAUGCUACGCAAACCUUGCUGAAUAAGGACCAACCAUUGAUGGUACUCAGGGAUGCUACUAAAUUUGGUAACGAACAACGAAUGGAUGCAGCUGCCCAAAGCUUUCAGGAACACUCCGCUGCAAUGGUUGCAGCGGCCUACGAGGUUUGUGCCCUAACUACCAACGAAGAGGCUUCCAAAUCCACUCAGCUGGCAUGUACUCAACUCGAACAGCUCUGUCCACAGGUGGUUGGAUCCGCGUACUUAUUGUUUCGAUACCCCCACUCAAGGCUGGUGGAGGCAAACUUUGACGCAUUCUGUGAGGCCUAUGAAAGCACCGCCAAUCUUUUGUCCGCGUCAGUGAACGAAAUGACCAGUGUUCACGAUGUACUGGCUGUCACAGAUGAUCGCAUAAGGACGGAUUUCCGAAAGGCAACAGAGGCCCUGUCUCAACGAAGUGAAACAAAACUGCAUCGGGCUUCCAUUUCAAUGGAACGGCGCUGCAUGUACAUAUGUGAAGUCGUAAUGCAUGAGUUGGAGAACCACCGGAACAACCGUGAGUACGUGCGUAAGGUGACGGAGAGAGUAACGGUACUACGAGACGAGUACACUCAAACAUUCAGCGAGGUAUCUCGCGAUACGCUGAGCUAUAUGGCAGCCAAACAAACACCGGAUGAAGCGCGUUUUCGUGAAGCCGCGAAUAAUCUUUGCACGGCGGUGCACGAUGUACGACUUACUGUUCUCAGCGAAACCGGCCACUCGGCCGAUAUCGAGGCGCUUCAACCACAAAGGUCCACGAGUUCCGUAACGGAUGAGGAGUUGGGUGGAGUGCCGCCGCCAGCUGAUGGGACACCGCCUACAAGAUCUAAGCCGUCCGAAAUCAGCUCACCUGAUCGACCUUCUCGGAGACAAUCAGGAUCCAGUUCCGUUGAUCAAACCGGUGGGACUACAGUUGCUCAAGAGAAUCAGCUGUCCGAACGUGCUGAGCUGUUUGCCAUGAUGACUGGCCCGGAAAAAGAAACAAUGGCCCAGGAGUUCGCGGGCUUUUUGGAAGAGAAAAAACGUUUCAUGCGAGAGGUUGUCAAAUGGGAUGAUUCAGCCAAUGAGAUUGUCGCUUUGGCCAAAAAGAUGUGUGUUAUAAUCAUGGACAUGACAGACUUUACUCGUGGCAAAGGUCCUCUUAGUUCGACAAUGGACGUGAUUGAGUCCGCUCGAAAAGUUUCCGAUUUGGGAAAACGGCUAGAUCAACUAUGUCGUCAUAUUGCCGACAUGUGUCCGAAUUCUGCUAGCCGCCGGGACUUACUGGCUUAUUUGCAACGAAUCACCCUUCACUGUCACCAGCUGAGCAUCACCAGUCGGGUUAAAGCGGGCGUUCAAGCUGGCCGUGCAGAAGUGGUUGAGAACUCUACGGCGCUCGUGCAAGCUGCGCGCAAUCUCAUGACGGCUGUCAUUCUGACCAUCAAGCAAAGCUACCUUGCUUCCACCAAGUAUCUGGGACCAGACAAAAAGCCCAUAAUCCACUGGCGAAUGCGCGCCCCGCCAAAGAAGCAGCUAGUUCCAUCUCCCACAGUGAGUCCAGAGCACGGAACUGUGGAUAGUAGUACCUCUGACAGUCAUUCUGCAAAUCUCAGCGAACUGUCACAAUUCGAUCAUAUUCCCACAUCAAACCCGCCCAAUCUAAUGUGAUGGAUUGCCGCAAAUCGCAAAACCAGGACUAAUUGGAGUUUCUAUUACUCCUACUUCAUUGGUUAAGCAUAUCAUCUAUUCAUUCAUUCCAAUAUAUUGUUUUUUUAAUCUUUUUAAUUAUUUUCCGAGUUUGCGUAAUGCUUUCUUAGAUUUAUUCACUUUUGGCUUUUGAUUUUUUUUACUAUAACAUUCCGUCGCACUUUAGCGUCGCUGUGCUUGAUUUGCUCCACCCCAUAGCUUUUUGUACUUCCUUACGCACACGAAUAAAUCC